UUGAUAUUUGGCCUCAUUCAUUUUGGCUUGCAUUAUUCAUUUGAAGGUGAAUAUAUUUCACUUUCCAUCAAUGUUGAAACAAUGUUUGACCAUUUUAUGCCAUUAUCAUACAUCUGAAUGUAUAUAGAGAUCCAACAGUCAUCGAUUCUUUAAAAAAUAAUUCUGAUCGAUGAUCAUUAUAAAUCACCAUCAUCAUUGUCACAUUCGAUAUGACCAGUAUGUGUGUCUGUAUGAAAAUUUUGUCCAUCAUAACAUCACAAUCGACGGUGGUGGUGGUGGUGGUGGUGGUGGUGACAAUAUUCAUGUUCAUCCAUCCAAGCGAUGCUGGUACAAUGUUUGGCAACAAUAAUAAUCAUAAUCAUACAAAUGAUGACGAUACAUCAUUAUCAACAUUAUGCUCGCAAUCAAUCAUAAAUCAUCCAUGCCGUUGUGAGAAUGGAAAAAUCAUCUGUGAUGGCGAAUAUGAAUUCAAUUUGAAUGGCCAAUUCGAACGUUUAAACAGAAAUGUUAAUCAUCAUCAUCAUCAUCAUGAUCAUGGUGAUGGCAUCGUUUUCGAUGAAUUCAUCCUAAACAACACGGAAAUUUCCCAACUAACCGAUGAUUUAUUUGGUGAUCGAAUCAAAUUCAAAAGUAUCAAACUAAUCGACUGUCUGAGCCUGAGACGUAUAGCGGCCAAUACAUUCCGAAAGAGUGGUUCAUUUAUUGAACAAUUUAUUGUUCAAGGAGAAAGUUCACUCGGUGAAGAUCAAUAUGCCAGUGAUUUAUUCGAUUCACUCAAUUCAAUGGUUAACGUGGAAAAGAUAUGGCUGAAUCGUAAUCGAUUACGGUCCAUACCUACGGUGGCAUUUGGCAAAAAAUCCGGUUUCGUCAAAUUGAAAGAAUUGAAUUUCAACAAAUUUAGUUCGAAAAAUGGCUACAUUAAAAGUGUUGGAAAUUUCGCCUUUUACUACCUGAACCAAUUGCAAUAUGUUUACCUUUCACAUCAACGUAUCAAUUAUUUACCGGCCAAUGCAUUCGAUUUUGAACAGACAUCCAAUCAAACCCUGUACAUUUAUUUGGGCAAUAAUAAAUUGAACAACACAAGUUUUGAAAAGGGCAUUUUUCUCAACUCUAAACGUCCCAUUCAUCUGGAACUGUACUGGAAUCCGGAAUUAACCUAUCUGGAUGAAGAUGUUUUCGCACCAUUUCUUCAGCUCAGUCCAUUGAAUCGUAUCAGUCUACAGGAUAAUCCAUUGGUCUGUGAUUGUAAUUCUUAUUGGAUCAUAAGAGAUCGGCAUAAAUUCGUCAAUCAAAUAUUGAACGUUAUGUGCAAAAUUGGCCCCAAACAAACGUUCAAUAUCGAUCUGAUUUCAUUCGAUAAAUGUAUCAAAAAUGGCCGUAAACGUAAUAAACUUAUCGUCGUCAACUAAACAUGGACAUAGACAUCAAUCAAUUCCUUCUGACAUCAAAAAAAAAAACAAAAAAAAUUUGUUCUUUUCUCUUUUGUUUUGUUGUUGU